AUGGAGGAAAAUCAAGCUUUUUCCAAAAGUCAAUAUGCAAACGAGUUAGGUUUCUCCGAUUUCAUCAAAUAUGUUGAGAAGCUUAUCGAUUUUCAAUGCAAGCAUGUGUAUUAUUGUAUACCUGAAGUGAGAUUGAGUGAGGGGCUCCAAACACUACAAAAUGAAUGUGACUACUCUAAGUUUCUUGAGGUUUCAAAUGCUAACAGACAUGUGGAUGUGUAUAUUGACCAUGAUAAUGAACCGUUAUUUGAGUGGAUUCAGAAAGAAGAACCAGACGAUGAAGACCUUGUGUAUUCAGAAGAAGAUGUCGACUCUAUUUUGGCAUAUGAUGAGAACUGUAAACAUGAAGAGGAUGAAUAUGUUACAUCAAGCAAAAUAAUCUUCAAAAGAACCUAUAAUGAUAAGUUUUUGAACAAGUUAUGUCCAGUAGUUAUUGAAGAUGAAGAUGAAAAAGGCAAUCAACUUUCAGUUGUCUACCCUAGGCAUGAUGCUACUCAGGAAUGGAGGAAGAUGAAGCUUGAACUAGGUAUGAGAUUCUCUUCUCCUGCUGAACUUAAGUCAUCUCUCAGUAACUAUGCAGUUGCACAUGGAUAUGACUUGUAUUAUGAGAAGAAUGACAAGGAUAGGUUGCUUGUAAAGUGUUGUAAAGGAAAACGACCACAAUGCCCUUUUAGACUAUAG